GGUGCUGCUCUAGUAGGUGGAGCUUGGAGGGGACAGAGGCUCGGUGUGGUCCAUGUUGCUGGUGCCACCCUGGGCCUGAUGGCAGUGGUAUGCGUUGUAUGGGCUGAUGUGGAAGGGGCACCUACUGAUGGGAAAAACCAGUUAGUUGGAGACAUGCUUUGUCUCGGUGGAUCACUGCUAUAUGCUUUAGUAACAGUGCUGCAAGAGAUAAUGCUCAAAACACAAGCCUGCUCAGAAUAUUUAGCCAUGCUUGGACUCAUAGGUGGCUCUAUAUCUUGUUUACAAACAUUUUUCCUGGAGUUUAAUGAAUUGGUUUCAUUCUAUUGGUAUGAAGUGGAGACUAUAGUACAGUUGGGAGGCUAUUGCUGUGUACAAACAGUAUUUCAAAUAUUACAGAGCUUUAUGUUAAGGGACGCUGGUGCAAUUAUAUUGCAUCUGUCAUUCCUAUCAGCAGAUUAUUAUACACUGAUUGCUGGAAUGUUCAUUUUUCAGUUUAAGUUUCACGCAUUAUAUUUCUUAUCAUAUCUACUGGCAAUGGUGGGAGUAUUCCUGUUCAGUUCGCGGCCCACUCGCCCGCCCCCUGCACCAGUGUUACCGCAGCUAGUUAAUGACUCUGUGCAGUCACAGGACAAUGUGUCUAUGGAAUAUACUGUACCAACAUUAGACUGCAUACCACUGUCAGAAGGAUUGGAACCGCCCAUGAGCAGGGAUACGACAUUCACCUCGUUUCUCGGAGGCCCACAAAACGUGCCCAAUGGUAUUGUUACCUUUGGUAUACCUAACGCACAAAAUUCUACGAAGGAACAAGAUCAACUUUAGGUUUUAAAUUACUCAGUAGAAAGUAUGAAAUUGCCGUGAGUCCAAAUUUAUAAUAAUUAUUUCUUUCUGUAAGAAAUGUCGAUAAUGUAUAACCUUAAUGGUAGUUUCAAUUAAAAGAUAAAAGGUGUGCAAUUGAAAAGUAAUGCAUUUUACUUUUCUAAUGGAAAUCGAAAGAAAGAAGAAAACUUUUCAAGUUUUCAGUAACCAAACUGAACUUAUAUGCACAGCAUGUGUAUUGCUAUUUCUUAUAAUUAUGAAAAAAUAUUGUCCAUCUUCAGAAGCAAAACAGAGUGAUGUUCGAUUUUUACCUUUGAUUAUCUUAACAUAUGUUUGUUUAGCCUCAAAUUGCAAGAUUUAUUGUAAUUAAAUUAACAAAAUGGCAAUUUCUUACUUACAUCUGUUAAUCAUAAUAAAUAUUAUGUGGAUAAUUAAUAUGUUAGGUGUGGAGUGUGCUGCACAUAAUUUAGUAUUUUUUUUUAACGAAAAAGAUACACUAAAGAUUACUCUUGCUAAUUAUAACUAUUUUGUUAACUUUUAUUCAAAAUAUAUUGACUUAGCUAUUUUUAAUCUUGCAUCAAUGAUAAGAAACUAUGGAUUUGGCAUUAUAUUCUAAAUCAUUUACAUAAUAAUUAACAGAUUAUAUUUCCUAUUCAAAUCCACAUUCAGAUUAUAUACUCUUCAUAAAAAAUUAUUUUCACAUAGUUAAAUAUUUAAAGAUAUUAUAAAAGUGAUUUUAAACUCCAUCUAGCUUUUCAAAUCAUAGAAAUUAAUGUUGUAUCAUUGUUAUAACUCAGUAGGUACCUUAGCACAAUAUACUCAAGAUAGUCUAGUCAAAUGUAUUGCUUUUAAAUAUUAUACUCAAAUAUAUUUAGUCAAUAAAGCCCAUCUAAAGAAUGUUUUUGGAAGAAUUCAGAAAAAAAUAUUUAAAUGAUAAAUAUAACAUUUGUAUAAUCUUGCUCAACGAUUACUUUUUAAGUGCCACACUCAACAACAUUUUUAUACCAACAACAUUUAUUAGAUGGCUCAAUAAAAGACCAGUACUAAACCCCCCUAAGGUUUUAACGAUAACUGCCAUAAUCGAAUUUUACUCUUAUAACUAUAUAGAAAUAUACUAUAACAUUUUAGACUUAAUAAUAAUAUAGAUCUACAUUUUAACUGGAUAGUGAGAGAGGUGUAUUGUAAGAUUUGAAGUUAAUUAGAAUAUAGCCUCGAUACAAUGACUUCCAUUUAUGUCAUUGUAAUUAUAAUAAUGUAUUGAAAAUAUAAAGUAUUUUACAUGCAUAAUUAUUUUUGCAAAGCAUCUAAACACAAAAAUGAAAUAUUUAACAAAAUUUAUCAAAAUAGCAGAAACAUAUUUUUGUUGCAACAUUACCACAAAAAUAAAACCAAUAUAAUAUUCCAGCUUAAAGCUUUUUCUCUAAGAACCAUACAGAUGGACUAAUUCCAAUUUAAUUAUUUAAAUAUACUUUUUAUUAAACUAUUACUAUUUUAAUUAAAAUUGCUGACCUUACGUUGUUCCUAUUCAUAUUUUACAAAGUACUAUCUCUUUGUUAUACAUAAUUCCAAAUUAUAUUACUAUUAAAUUCGGUUAAUUUUUGAAAUGGCUUAGAAUUUAUUUAAAUGUUGUUAUCUUUUAAGUAAAGUAAUGUAAGCAGAAUCUAGUCAAUGUGUUAUUAACUUUUAAGAUAAAAUUAACGGAGACUCAAAGUUGAAAUAAAUAUCACUUAUAACUGAAUUAAAGACAGGGAAGGUGUAAUUCAAAACAAAUACAAUACUCAUGUACAACUUACAUAUUCGUUUAAGUUUCAGGUGGUAUGAAAUGAGAUCUUAACCCUAUUGAGCCCACUCAAUAAUGUCCAAAUACCCAUUAUUAAAAUGUGUAAUCACUGUUCUUUAUUACUUUUUUUCAUUCCUAAUAUUCUUCAAUUGUACACAUUUUCAUGCCCAUUAAACAUUCAAUUAACACACCUAAGAAUAAUCUUACGGAAUGGUUGUGUAAUCACUUAUAGUAGGGCUAGUUUAGGAUCAAUGUUUAGAUUUGUAACUCCAUAUAAUGCACUAUGCCAUGUUCAUGUAUGUAGAGGAUAGCUCAAUUAUCAAAAGCAAAUUGUCUUGUCAUUUUUAUCCGAAGAAAGACUUAAGUAUAAUGUGAACAUAAGAUGAUUAAUCAUGGUCUAGGAAAUUAUAAUGGAGUCUAGUCAUAUGAACCGUUAGUAUUAAGAAGGAAUGGGUAAUUUUCAUACAAAAAACAAUCACUAUCAUCAUAUGAAUUUGAUUUGUAACACCAAUGAUUAUAACGAAAUAUAUUUUUGCUUUAAUAAUGUAACAGUGUAUUGUGUGAAUUGUAUUGUCAAGUAUACUUUCGUUUUGUAAUAAUUUUACCGAAUGCAGCAUUUAACAAUCUUUAGAUUGUAUCAAUAUAAUAUAAUAAAUUAUACAACAUC